CCUUGCAUCUUGCGGGUACCUGCACCUUGAUUCUUAAUUACCUUAUUUAUUGUGGGCAAGCGCCAUUCUUGAAAGCGUUCUUAUUACAUGUAGUGACGACGCAUAUGAAGCCGAUGUCUAUGACCAAACCUCAGUCCGUCAGGUCUGCUGCCCCACCACCAUUUCUGUUUCCUUCAUCCACCAACCACUUGAAAGCCUAGCAAUAGGUGCCCCUGAGCGGCAGGAUGUCCAAACAGUAUCUGACCACGCAUACGGUGGACAAUGCUCAUACAACCGAUAUCUUCGCUUUAGCGACCACUUCAAAAGCUAUACUGUCCGCUAGUGGUUCGUCAACUUUGCAUAUCUACGACACUACGGAUCCUACUUUCCCACUCAAGCAAUCCAUCUCAAACGCACACAAGCUGGGCUGCCACCAUAUCUGUGCCUCAAGAAAUGGGCGUGUGGCCGCCAGUGCCGGAUUCGGGGGCGAAGUGAAACUAUGGUCUUACAAUCAGGACAGUGGAGAAUGGAGCCAAGAUGGUGAGGUGUCAACUUCAGCAACUAAACCCGGCGAGGCUUGGGCGUUGGCUCUGAGUGAGGAUGGCAGCUACCUGGCCGCCACGACCAACGACGGCAGGAUCAAUGUGUGGGACACCACGAAAGAAGGCAAGCCAAAGAUCCAAGAUUACGAAACGGGUACUCCUGGUUCAGGAAGCUUUGGCAUGAGCGUCGAUUUGAGCAUGGACGGAAAGUUCACGGCAAGUGGGCAUCAAAACGGAGCGAUCUACAUCUUCAACAACGACACAGGGCGUAUAGCGUUCUCACUCUCGGGCCUUGCGAAACCCGUCCGCGCAGUCGCUUUCUCGCCUGGCAGCACCAGGCUCGCUGCCGCAGGCGAUGCCGGCAUCAUCGCCAUUUACGACAUGAAACACGGCGAGCACGUUAGUAACCUGACAGGUCAUGCGUCCUGGAUCACCACUCUGGACUGGAGCGACAGUGGGGAGUAUCUUCUCAGCGGCGCAAUGGAUGGAAAGGCAAAGGUGUGGUCCGUAGAGCGCAGCACUUGCGUUGCAACACACAGCGAGACAGACAAGGCGCUGUGGGCUGCGAGGUGGUUGCCAAAAACCGGAAGAAGCGAGAUGUUCUGCACGGCUGGUGCGAACCGCAGUAUCUCAUUCUAUCGCGAGGCUACAGGAAAUUAGAUCAAAGGGUUUGCGGACCGCAGAGGCAUUCUCGAAAUAGACGCGUGAGCACGGAGUAUAGU